AAAAGAGUUCUUGUCAUCUAUACUGGUGGCACCAUUGGGAUGACUCCCAACGACAAUGGUGUAUUAGUGCCAGAACCGAAAGCUUUUGAAAGGUUCAUCCGGAAGGAUGUCAGUCUGCAUGACCCCAGCCUACAGGUCCCAGACGGCUUCCUGGCGCUGCCCCUGGUAAAAGGUCAGUCAGUACGGGUUAUCUACCAAUUCAUAGAGUACGAUCCAUUGCUGGACUCCAGUAAUAUGGCCGGGAAAGAUUGGAAACGCAUAGCCCAAGAUAUUGGUAGGACGUACGAUUUGUUCGAUGGGUUUGUUGUACUCCAUGGCACCGAUACGCUGGCGUACACCUCCUCUGCCCUGUCGUUUUUCCUAGAAAAUUUGGAUAAGCCGGUGGUCGUUACCGGGUCAAUGAUACCCAUCUACGAAACACGCACCGAUGGCAGGAACAACUUCGUCUCGUCCCUGAUCAUAUCCGGCUGCUAUAAAAUACCGGAAGUGUGCGUGGUCUUCGCCAACAAGCUGCUUCGUGGCAAUCGAACGGUCAAGGUCAAUUGCAACUCUCUGGAUGCUUUUGAUUCUCCCAACGCUCCAAUGCUGGGCACGUUUGAAGGUGACAUAAUUAUAAAUAAUUUCCUGGUACGCCCAGGGCCCGGAGCUAGGCCACUCGCUGUGACAGGCGAAUUUCAGAUGAAUGUGGCCUCCUUGAGAAUAACUCCGGAUAUGUCACUGGAUUUGAUUCGAUCGGCUCUGGCGGAGCCCAUUAUGGGAGUUGUCCUGGAGUCCUAUGGCUCUGGUAAUAUACCCUCAAACUGGACCGAGAUAACUUCUCUUCUACGGAGUGCCGUCAAUCGCGGAGUUAUCAUCGUCAACUGCACUCAGUGCCUGUCCGGCUCCGUAGCCGCAAUCUACGAUGCUGGAGCAGUGCUUAGCGAUUUGGGCGUUUUAUCUGGAUCAGACAUGACUUCUGAGGCAGCGUAUACCAAGCUAGCCUAUGUCCUGGGCACUGAUUUACCGCACCAUAAUAAGAUUGAGCUGAUGAAGAUGAAUUUGCGUGGCGAAAUCACGGCAUGAAUGCGAUCAUCGCAGACCAAAAUUAGAUGAUUGGUUU